GCCCAUUAGAAGCCCAAGAACUAGGUGAGUAAUACUGUAUGUAUAAAGUUUGGGGAUAUCCGAUAUGAUAAUUUUCUAGGGAAAUUUUGUAGAACUCAAAAGUGUUUUAGCGAUGGUGAUCAAAUUCCCAGAGGGGUUGCAGCCUUUCUUCGAGGGUUUAUACAAUGCGGUGGAUGAUCCUUCAUCAGGUUCGAUAAUCUCGUGGAGCUGGAACAACAAAAGCUUCAUCAUCUGGGAUUAUAGAGAGUUUGAGAGUCAGAUUCUCUCGAGAUGCGGGUUAAUACGAUGCAAUGAUUUCUUAGGGUUUCUCUACGAGCUUCGAAGAUGGGGAUUUAAAAGAGCGAGGGGAUCUCCGCACCGCUUUGAAUUUGAACACAGGGACUAUUUCAAGAAAGGUCGACCUGAUCUUUUGAAGAGGAUCCAGAACAAGGCUGUAGCCACGAGUAGGCUUAAAUUUCUGGGAAAGGAUGGUAGAGAAAAGGAGCUAGCGGAUGAAUUGCAUCAUUUACGAAUCUGAUCAUCACAAUUCUCUCUCUAUCAAUUACGAGUUUGAUAUGUUCACAACCCAUCAUCAUGCUCUUGUUAGUUUCGCUGCUGAUUCCUACUUGUGAAUAAACUCACUCUCACAAUGUUAGUUGUAUUCAGUUGCUUUCUUGUAUCAAACCAUUAUACUUUGUUGAGAUAAUGAGGUUUGGGUCUGUGUUCAUGUAUAUGUUCUUGUUCAAGUACUCUAUAUAUAUAUAUAUAGCUCAUGUUCUCAAGUUGGCUCUCACGCAGAUUGGUUCAACAGGAAACUUGAGAAAAGUGCUUUGGUGACAGCAUUGGCUUUGCAAAUACAUUUGAGAAUCUGUGAUGUAUUCUUUCCCAAAGUGCUUUCUUUUUGAAGUUUCCGUUGUUGUUGUGCCAAUGGUGCUUACCAUAAGAUCCAGCGUUAUGCACUUUAGAAGAUGAGCUUUUAAGUUGUUCAGCAUAUGCAGUUGUUAACAGAAUGAUAUUUUACUUUGAUUUACGUCAUUUUUCAUUGAUUAUUUUUGAGAGGAGGCUUUCGUUUGUUGGAAAAUAUUAUUCUUGCUGCAUUCUCUGGGACAAAUGUAUCAAUGCCCUGAAUAUAUCCUUGUGCUUAUCAUCAAUCAAAUGCGGGG